UAUACUAAUGAGGCCGGGGAAGGAGGCUGGCACUGCCAAGAUGGCGACGGAAAGGAGUCGCUCUCCGGUGGGGGGCUCGCCAGUGCCGGCCUCGAUGUUCGCCCCAGAGCCCGUGGCGCACGGUGGGACAGUGGCAGCUUUCUCUAGGCCUCACGGCGGCGUCCCAGAAGCUGACUGCAGCGAGGACGGCGAGCUGCUUAACGGAGAACCGGAGCUCGAUCUUACCAGCAAGCUAGUAAUGGUGAGCCCAACAUCCGAACAGUAUGAUAGUUUACUCCGACAGAUGUGGGAGAGGAUGGAUGAAGGAUGUGGAGAGACCAUCUAUGUUAUUGGUCAAGGGUCAGAUGGGACUGACUAUGGGCUUAGUGAUGGAGACAUGGAAGCCUCCUAUGCCACUGUGAAGAGCAUGGCAGAACAAAUAGACGCUGAUGUAAUUCUCUUGCGAGAGCACCAAGAAGCAGGAGGCAAAGUGCGUGAUUAUUUGGUGCGGAAACGUGUGGGUGACAACGAUUUCCUAGAGGUCAGGGUAGCAGUGGUUGGCAAUGUGGAUGCUGGGAAGAGCACUUUGCUGGGGGUUCUUACCCAUGGUGAGCUGGACAAUGGACGUGGUUUUGCUCGACAAAAACUUUUUCGCCACAAACAUGAGAUUGAGUCAGGCCGUACCAGCAGUGUGGGCAAUGACAUCUUGGGCUUCGACAGCGAAGGCAACGUUGUGAACAAGCCUGACAGCCAUGGUGGGAGCCUGGAGUGGACUAAGAUUUGUGAGAAAUCAACAAAAGUCAUAACUUUCAUUGACCUGGCUGGGCAUGAGAAGUACUUGAAGACUACAGUCUUUGGCAUGACUGGGCAUCUCCCUGAUUUUUGCAUGCUAAUGGUUGGCAGCAAUGCUGGAAUUGUUGGGAUGACCAAGGAGCACCUAGGUCUGGCAUUGGCACUUAAUGUUCCAGUCUUUGUGGUGGUAACCAAGAUUGAUAUGUGUCCCGCUAACAUACUACAAGAAACUCUGAAGCUCCUGCAACGACUUUUGAAGUCCCCAGGAUGCAGGAAGAUCCCUGUGCUGGUCCAGAGUAAAGAUGAUGUUAUUGUUACAGCCUCCAAUUUCAGCUCUGAAAGGAUGUGCCCAAUCUUCCAGAUUUCCAAUGUCACUGGUGAGAAUUUGGAGUUGCUGAAGAUGUUUCUCAAUCUCCUAUCUCCAAGGACAAGUUACCGGGAGGAAGAACCUGCGGAAUUCCAGAUAGAUGAUACUUAUUCUGUGCCAGGUGUUGGAACAGUGGUGUCUGGGACAACCCUGAGAGGCCUUAUCAAGUUAAAUGACACUUUGCUUCUAGGUCCAGAUCCGCUAGGCAACUUCUUGCCUAUCGCAGUGAAAUCCAUCCAUCGGAAGCGCAUGCCAGUCAAAGAGGUGCGGGGUGGUCAGACUGCUUCCUUUGCUCUGAAAAAAAUCAAACGCUCCUCUAUCAGAAAAGGCAUGGUAAUGGUAUCACCUCGGUUGAAUCCUCAAGCCUCUUGGGAAUUUGAAGCAGAGAUUUUGGUACUCCAUCAUCCUACCACUAUCAGUCCACGUUAUCAGGCAAUGGUACAUUGUGGUAGCAUUCGACAGACAGCCACAAUCCUUAGCAUGGACAAAGACUGUCUACGCACUGGGGACAAAGCCACUGUCCACUUCCGCUUCAUCAAAACUCCUGAGUACUUGCACAUAGACCAGCGGCUAGUUUUUCGUGAGGGACGUACCAAAGCUGUCGGCACUAUCACCAAGUUACUCCAGACCACCAAUAAUUCUCCCAUGAACUCAAAGCCCCAGCAAAUCAAGAUGCAGUCUACAAAAAAAGGACCCUUGACCAAGCGCGAAGAGAGUGGAGCCCAGGCUGGCAUAGCAGUGCUGACUUCCCCUUUGGCAGAGGAUGGUGCCUCACUGGCAACAGUUGCCUCAGCACCAUCUGGUGCUCAACAACCACAGGCAAAGGCUGGCAGUGGUGGCCGGAGGCGUGGUGGCCAACGUCAUAAAGUGAAAUCUCAAGCAGCUAUUGUGACUCCAGCUGGUGGCUGCUGAACAUCUUUUCAGUAAUUGAGAAAUUCACAUCUCCCUCUCCAUUUCUUCAAUUCAAAAACCUGGAGCAGCUUAACCAAAAUCCUUUGCAGCUGAUCUUCUACUGUGGAAGACGCGGGGGGACUGAGGGGGGGAACGACGAAAUUCCAGGGAAUGUGGGUUUUCCAUUGAAACUAAUGAGGGUGACAAAGAACAGAUGGGACUGACCAGCAGCCACCUUCUCCCUUUUCCCAAAUCAUUUUGUACACUUUGAGCUCUUAGUCAUGAUUUUUAUGUUUUUAUUAUUACGGUGGUUUUGUGUGUGAGUGUGCUUGUGAGCAUGCGCAUUCAGGAGAAUACAGGUAUAGAAAAGGAAGUACCUGUGUCUUCUCCAUUCUCACACUCAUCAUUAGGCUAGCUAACUUACUCUUUUGCAGUUGGGAAUUUCUGAAAUCUCAAGCCUUUCAGAGUAAGAAUACGUGGUAUUUGGCAGGGAGGAGAGAGUAGUUCUUCCCCUGUUUCCAAUGGUUUGAAACAGAUACUAGGUCUCUCUCACUGUAAUUUCAACAUGACCAUAGUUGGCAACUGUCAUAAAGGAAACCUCCCAAACAAGCCUCAUCCCAAAUCUUAGAUUUCAAUGAAAUCCUAGAUUUCACUGAAGUGUGUAUUUGUAACCUUGUUUGCACACACUUCAUUCUUCUGAAAGAAAAGGAGUUUUGAAAGUGAGAUUUGGAGGCCAAAGAGAAUUAAUUUCAUAUUUUGUAUAUUAUGUUCAGGACUUACCUCUUUUUCCUACAGAGCAAACUCUAGGAAAAACAGAGGCUUCUGUAUUACCGACUACAUGCUAUGUCUAGGUUUGCAUCCAGCUAUGUGGGCACAUUAAGAACAAGAAAGUCAGAGUGCCAGGUUGUUUCUGGUUAUUUGCCCAUUUAUUUUCAUGGCUUCCAAACCAAUUUGAAGGCCACAUUUCCUUCGAACCAUGAAUAGAUGCUAUUGUCGGCCUCUGCCUAUUUAGCUCCCUUCACAUUACAGAGACAGCUGCCUGUUUAAUUAAUUUAAUGAUUUAGAGACCAACUUAGAAACUUGUUUCAAACUCUCCAUAUUUUUUCAGUGACAGUUAUAGAGACUUCAUAGAGGUGGGCUGAGGUUUUUUGAAUCCACCAUUAAAAUUUAAAGUCAUAUUUGUGAUUUUAUAACUUUAGUAGCUGUGUCUCUUCAAGGCAUUCAUUCUGAACUGACAUUUUAACUGCAUCAUGUUUUUAAAAAGGAAAAAGCAUGAAAAAAAUGUGGUUUGUAGUUAACUGGUUUGUAACUUUGAAUAGCAUUUUCCCUACAAUGUAGUGUUUCUUGGAUUUAUUCCAUCCUAACCAUUUUUGGAAAAAUGAGCCUUUUUUAAGUUAUAAACAUUAAAGAGAGAUAGGACUAUUAAUGCCAUCUUCCCAAAUUUGAUGCACUGUAUAUAUGUUGGAUUACAAUUCUCCAACAAGCAUGGUUAACAGAUAUGCUAUAUGGGAUUGAUGGAAGUUGCAGACCAAUCUAUCUUUGAAGAUGCCAGAUUAAGGAAAUUGCUAUACCUGUCUUGCUUUUUUAACAAAAUGCUCAGCAUCUGCAGCAUUAAGGGUACCCUGUGAGAACAAAUCAGUAUGAGGAUGAUUAAUGCAAAAUAGCAACCUGUGCUAUUGCUUUUUACUCUGUAUUACAUCCAUCUCCUUGACUUCCAAUACCAAGGGAAGCAGAGGCUUUAGUCUGGUGUCUUCUUUAUUUCACUCUUUUGUUCAGAAAGAUGAAUGUACAAUGCUGGCAAGCAUUAAGAAAGUCACAGUGCUGUGUUCUCCUUUAAAUAACAUUUUUAUCUUUACACUA